AUGGACAUACGCUCAGUACCCGUGCGAGUGCUCCUUGUUAUAGCUGGCUUGCUGACAAUCACGUUCUUGAUCUCUGGUCGGGGCAUCUCUCGCAGCCCAGACAUUCUUCCCAGCAGCGCAAUCCAUAGUCAUCGGGAUGGAUACAGCAGUCUUGAAGAUGUGGCGAAUCAAACAUUGGGUUUUGAGAAAAUCUUCGUCAUUAACCUUCCAUCUCGAACCGACCACCGAGACUCGAUGAGCCUUGCGGCUGCCUUAACACCAGGCGGUCUGAAGUUGACCUACGUGGAUGGUGUAACGAAUGUCUCCGCAAAGGCUCUCCCACCAGGAGGGGAUAGUCCGCGUUUCGACAAAGACAUGGUUGGACUAGUAGGAGCAUGGCGAGCACAUAUCAAUGUAUUGCGUACCAUUGUUGAGCAGAACAUCACAUCCGCUCUAAUUUUGGAGGGAGAUAUCGACUGGGACAUCAGGCUGAAGGCCCAGAUGCUGGACUUCGCCAGAGCCUCUAGACUGCUCGUGCAGCCUGGGCAAGAGGAUCGGACUUUCGACGUACACGAUGAACCCCUUGUGAAGCCAACAACAUCGCCUUAUGGAGACAUCGAUCGCUGGGAUUUGCUUUGGCUGGGUCACUGUGGUGCCGAGUUUCCGCAAAGCCAGACUGGCAUUCGGCAAGGUCGAGUCACCAUUUUCAAUGAUGAGACCGUGCCGCAAUCACAGCACUAUGAUCGGGAAUGGGGCAGCGCAGAGCUCAUUAGAGCAUAUCCCAACCAUACACGUGUUGUACAUCGAUCACGCAUGAAUGUCUGCUCUCUAGCUUACGGCGUCACGCAAGGAGGAGCGCGUCGAUUCCUCUACGAGCUCGGCAUCAGGCAACUGAACGAUGCCAUGGACAUUAUGAUGAGAGAAAUGUGCGACGGGCUUGCCGGUCGACCUAUGCACAAUUGUCUCACUGUGCAGCCGCAAAUCUUCCAGCAUCAUCGUCCAGUAGGCAGUAAGGCCAGUUUCAGCGAAAUCCAAGACCAUGGAGAGGGCUACAACGAAGUUGCAUAUACGAGGAAUAUCCGCUGGAGCACACGCUUGAACUUUAGGAAACUCCUGGAUGGUCAGACAGAUUACGUCGACCUCUGGCAAGACGACAUGCCGGCCAACAAGACCGCGUUUCCAUGAGAGCGCAAGGUGGUCGCAGAGAACAGCGCGCUCUCGUACCGGCAUGUAUAGCCAAUGCACACCAGACUGAAGCGGUGGUUCCCAGUCUGAUGUUGGUGGAAAUGCGACCGACUGCUAAAGGGAAAGUCGCAGCAGUCGCCCCUUCCAACCACGCCCGUGGUCCCCGAUUAACCUCCUGCAACACGGCGGGAACAGCAACAUACAUCCCGUCCCUUGCUCGAUCCCACCCUACCGAAUGGCGUUGUAACGUCCCUGUCGCGAUGUACAUGUAUAUCGACACCAUUCCUCACAUCGGCUCCACGAACCCUGGAAGUUCCCAAUAGUUUAAUCAAACCACCAGAGUCCGCGAGCUGGAAGGCAUGCAGCAGCAGAAAGAGGGGAAGAAGAAGAGAGGCACGCCAACUACCCAGCAGCGUUUUCUUCCCUUUCCACCGCGAUAUGCCAGAUACAAAACAAACCGCCACUUUCCACCAGUUACACGCUGACGAAGGAGAAUCUCGUUCAGAAUGAAGAGCCAAAAAAAAAAAAACCGCAGUGUGAAAUGAUGAUUGGUGGCUUUCUGCAGAGUAUGAAAUCAGGGCCGUGGAUGCAGAAUGUUUGAACCACUAGGUACCUACCAGGUAAGGUAGGAGUCUCGCGUAUAGGUAGUUACGGAGACUGAUCAAGAUAUCUUAGGUAGAUCCGACGCGCAGGAGCGAUAGAGGCGAGAACGCAAAGUGUAGACGGGGAGUUAGAGAGACUGGGAGGUGAAUAGUCUGAGAAGGUAGGUAUGCAGAGUAGUGUAGUACCAAGAAACGAG